CCAAUAUCCCUGGGUCUUCUUCAGGUUCUCCUCCAAGGUCGGUCCCAUGGAUAUUCUUAAACCGCCGCAGGAUGAGGAAGACGAAAGUCGCCCAAAAGCCUCGGACCUCACGGUGUUCGCCAGUAACUCUACGCUUCAUGGAAUUAGCCACGUCUUCCUGCCCGGCGGGGUGACCCCCAGACGGGUGUUUUGGGCAUGUGCCUUCCUCAUGUCCCUCGGCUUCUUUCUUUACCAAGUGGCCGAUCGGAUCAUUUAUUACACGGAGUACCACCACGUUACCACCUUGGAUGAAAUGGAGAGCAGCCUGAUGCUCUUCCCGGCCGUCACCAUGUGCAAUUAUAACAGUUUCCGCAAGUCUAACCUGACCCGGGAGGACAUCUUCUGGGUGGGAAAACUGCUGGGGAUCGACGGGGACUCCCCCGAGGUCAUGGAAGCUUUAGGACUUCGAGAAACGCAACCGUUCUACCCUCGCCAGUCCUUCAGCAUGCGCGACUUUUACGACCGGGCCGGUCACUCCAUGGAAGAGAUGAUCCUUGAGUGUCGCUAUAGGAAUCGGGAGUGCGGGGCGGAGAAUUUCACGGUGGUGUACACGCGGUACGGUAAAUGCUACACGUUUAAUUCGGGCCAAGAUGGCCAAGAGCUGCUCUAUACAUUGAAGGGAGGUACCGGCAAUGGACUGGAGCUGAUGUUGGACAUCCAACAGGAUGAGUACCUUCCAGUGUUUGGGGAAACAGACGAGACCUCUCUAGAGGCUGGGGUGAAGGUUCAGAUUCACAGUCAGGAGGAGCCUCCAUUUAUAGACCAGCUGGGGUUUGGAGUGGCCCCUGGGUUCCAGACAUUUGUGUCCUGCCAGCAGCAGAAGCUGGUAUAUCUGCCCCCGCCGUGGGGCGACUGUAAAGCCACCCCUCUGGAUUCUCCCUACUUCAAGACGUACAGUAUAACAGCGUGCCGCAUCGACUGCGAGACCCGCUACCUUCUGGAAAAGUGUGGCUGCCGCAUGGUGCACAUGCCAGGUGAUGCCCCUAUCUGCAGUCCAGACCAAUAUGCCGAGUGUGCGGAUGAUGCUCUGGAUUUCCUGGUGGAGAAGGAUAACUCGUUCUGCGUGUGCGAGACCCCGUGCAGCACCGUGCGAUACGGCAAAGAGCUGUCCAUGGUCCGCAUCCCGAGCAAAGCCUCGGCCCGGUACCUGGCCCGGAAAUACAACAAGACCGAAGACUACAUCGCAGAAAACGUUUUGGUUCUGGACAUCUUUUUCGAAGCCUUAAAUUAUGAGACAAUAGAGCAGAAGAGAGCGUACGAGGUGGCUGGAUUACUGGGAGACAUCGGGGGUCAGAUGGGUCUGUUCAUCGGGGCCAGCAUCCUCACCAUCCUGGAGAUCUUUGACUAUUUGUAUGAGGUUUUCCGGGAUAAAGUCAUCAGAUAUUUCCAAAACCGGAAGAAGCCUCCAAGGACAGAGAUCAACAGCAUGGUCCCAUGUCACCCUCUGCACGGGGGGCCACACCACACUGGAUUCCCACCGCACGUGCUACCUCGUCACCAGGUUGUAGGAUCAAUUCGCGAGUUCGCCUGCUGAGGCCAUGAAAAAUUGGGGGGAAAAAACCUUCUCCCAGACAAGAGACGGGACUCGUUCUCCAUGCUGAUCCUAGGAUGGAGGAUUCUAGGAAAAUCCUGUGCCCACCCAUCUGCCCAGAGAGCCAAUCAGAAGACGAAGAUCUUCUCCUCAACCUAUCACUGGGGCCCCUUUAUGUUAAUUCGCACACGCGUGUGUAUGUGGGCAUCCGCAGAAAUACGUUUACAUCUGUGGUUUGCCGGCC